AUGUGCGCCCGCAAAAAUGAUGUUAAAUACUGGGAUCAAGCACAUGUCAAAGUCAAAAAGCACUCGACAGAAUAUGCGGGAAACAUCACCAAACAGAAUAAUAUUGAACGUAGGCGAUCAACAUUGACCGCACAUCCUACAACGCUUCUAGGGAUACAGUUUAGGGAUACUCCAACGUUCGAACAAGUAGACAGUAAUGAAUAUUUCAUCGACCGCAAUUCUCGUGCGUUUCAUUAUAUCAUUGAAUAUUAUCGCACUGGAAAGAUGUUCUGGCGCACUGGUUGCUGUGGAGUAACAAAAGAAGAGAUGAUCGAAGAGUUGUCUUACUUCCAGCUAUCCAUUGACAUUUUAGAUAAUGAGAGCAAGAUAAAUCCUAAAUCCACAAAUUCACCUAUAAAACACAUGUCCAACCGUUUACCAUCCCGUUCACCUUCAAACUCGCCUGCAAAUUUAUCAAAUGAUCCAUUUACUCCACCUCACACACCGAAGCAUGGCAAAAUACAAUUGGUAGGAGCAGGGCCAGGUGAUCCUGAACUUCUGACUAGAUCAGCAUAUCGGGCAAUUAAAGAAGCGGACAUUAUCCUAUCUGACAGAUUGGUACCUGCUGAAGUGUUGGAACUGAUUCCUGCCCACAUCGAAGUGAUGAUUGCCAAUAAAACUUGUGGAAACGCUGAACCGGCACAGGAGGAAUUGUAUAAGCUAUCUAUGCAGGCUUUGGAGGAAGGGAAGAACGUUGUUAGGCUUAAGCAAGGCGAUCCAUACCUCUUUGGAAGAGGCGGAGAAGAAUAUAGAUUUUUCCAGUCUAAAGGCUAUGAUCCAAUUGUAAUUCCGGGAGUAUCGUCCUGCAUGGCUGCUCCGCUAUUAGCUAAAAUUCCGGCUACAUUCCGUGGCAUUUCCUCCCAAUUCCUUGUCUGUACUGGUACUGGUCGUCGUAACACCCUUCCCGACAUUCCCAAAUUUCAUCCUAAUCGUACUUCUGUGUUUUUGAUGGCUAUUCAUCGAAUGCGUCAGUUGAGUCAGGAUCUCAUCGAUAUCGGGGAAUAUCCUCCGGAUACACCGUGUGCUAUGGUAGAAAGAGCGAGUUGUAAGGAUCAGAGAGUGAUUAAGGGAACUGUUGGGAACAUUGCCGAAGUAAUGGAAAGAGUGGGAUGUGCUCCGCCUGGGACCCUCGUUGUUGGAAAAGUGUGUGAUGUAUUGUACGAAGAUGGGAGAAAAUAUGAUGGAGUUGUGUUUGCUGAGGAUGUAUUGAAAGCAGACGUAAAUCAAAAUCUGUUAGUCUUCGACUUACCUACUAUAUACAUUGAUACAUCCACGCCCUCAGAAUCACUUAAUGCACAAACGCACUCAAUGGGUGAUAACUACACACUCGCCGAUAUAUUUGGAAAUUCCGAAGAAUGGAGGUCUCUACUAGUCAAAGAUAUUCAAGCAAUAUAUAGCCAGACAGCAUGUAUAUGCUAUAACCAGCCAGAUACAAGCAAAUUGGUGAAAGAUGUUAAAAGGAUGUAUGAUGAAAAAGAGGGCUGUCGCUCCGAGUAUUUUCGUACUGCACUCUCGGCCAUUUGGGUCAAAAAAGACAAUGGGAUGAUAGUGUUUAGCAAGCCUAAUAUUAGUUCUCAAAUAUUUGAGUUAAUUCUCAGAUACCUUUACACUGCUGAAAUAUUUAAAUCAAGCCUAGACCUGCCUGUGGCGUUCGAUCUUAUGACAGCAGCCGAUGAACUCGGACUUACUCUACUAGUUGACACUCUCCAGAAAAGGGUACUUGACAAAGCUACACUAUGGUAUAAACGAUAUUUUUUCACUGUACUCCAGGCAAGCUCGUCCAGUCCGCAUCUUGCGUCACUGUAUCAAUAUUGUUCAAGUAAACUCUUAGCUUGUAGAAAUGUAUUAAUAAAGUCAGAUGACAUUGAUGCAUUAACUGCCGAUACAAUGUUGGACAUUCUGCAAAAAGACGGCUUGGACGUUGAUGAGCUUAAUCUAUGGGAAGCAGUUAUGACAUGGGCUCAUAAAAAGAAUCCUAAUAUAUCAACAGAGCCUAGCGAUUGGUCAGACGAGGAUGUCGAUUGUAUGAAGAAUCUACUCCACGACAUCAUUAGUCACAUUCAUUUUGUAGAUUUGACAAUGACGGAAUAUAAUGGGAUUGUUGAGAAAUAUAAAAAAAUCUUCCCUCAAGGCAUGGUUGAUGCGUUGAAAGAAUAUCAUGAAUCCCCGUCUAAAACAAUCCACCAAGAUUCACUUCAUCCAUAUGCACACUGUCUAUCUCCAAGGCGUUAUGUACGUUCAUUGAUACUUACCAGAAGACAAGGUCAUUGUUUAUUGACCGGUAUCAGAGAAUUUCGUCAAGAUUCCCGACCCAACUACGUUCCCUGCCUUCUGAUAUUGCAAGAAAGGGGAAGCAAUUUUGGGUUCACUACUCAUGAUAUCCAGGCCAUUAUAAAUAGGUCAGGUCAAAAAGUACUUGUAAUGAAGGGGAAUACACCAGAUUCGUUUAUAUGUAGCCCAUGUUCUAAUAGUGAAGAAGAGCCUAUUGAUAUGAGUAAUAAGGUAAUGACAUUCGGACAGGGACCUGAUUUGAGGUUAGGAAUAGAUAACAAGAAUCCCGAUGAAAGUGAGGGAUUCGAUGAGAGCGAAGAAUUGAACCACCUUGCUAGUAAUACCAUUAACGUCGAAGAAGGACCCAGAGGCAGGUAUUUUACUGAAGAAAGAUGCGAGCUAAUAUAUGGUAUUGAGAGAUUGAUUAUUGGUACUGUUGCUGUUAGUAUUACUCUACCACUGAAUAUAGUAUUUCCCCUCAAUUAG